AGUGUCGGUAUUCAUUCCUGUGCCUUACCGGAAAGGGGCAGAAAGUUUCGCCUCUCGGAGGGAGGAUGAAGCGUCUGGUCGGGCCGGGGUCCUAAAGAUGGGUCCCUGAGGGCGGAUUCUGCCAUGUGAGGGUCGGGAGCUCGGGGUCAGGCCCCAGGAUUGCGUGGUUGCGGUCUCCUUUAACCGUGUGCUCAGAGUCGGGGGAUCCGUGCCCCGCGUCUCCAGCGUUUCAUGCCGCCUGCUGCCCCUGAGCCGUUACUGGGAGUUCAAGCCUUUGGUCUUUAUCCGCGGCCUCUUCUUAAAACAUUCACCUGGUCAUACGUGUAGUUCUCCUUCAUUAAGCAGUACUGUUUUUACAAACAACUUUAAAGAAAAUCAUGGAGGUCCUUUUCCAGUUAGAUGUGUACACGGAAUCUCAGCUAAAAGAUUAAAUAGUACAAAAGUUUGACUCGAUAAAUUCGGACUUGAAAUUGGGAUUGACUUGAAUUGGGAUUAAUUUAUCGCUUUAUUUCAGUAUAUUGCUUUAGUGCCCAGGAUUGAUAGUAUCUUGGUUUGCAUGGACUAGUGUUUGCAAACGGUACCUUCCAGCUUCUCAGGUGCGGUUUCAGUAAGAGCUGAACCACUGAUAACACCUGACGGUAACUAGUAUUCUUCAUGGCAAAUACACAACACGAGAAGCCUUUAAAAUUUAUAACAAGAACUGUAUUACAUUUAGCCCUGGCAGUAUCAGGACUCAGUAGUUUGCCAUGUAACUCUCGGGCUGAGGCAACAGCGUUAAGGGAGUAGAUGCCCUUGCCAAAAUAGAGAAUUUCCCUCCGCGUGAGUGAACAUAUACAGGUCAGAAUCCAAAAAGGACAGGUGAAAAGCUGUAACCUUCCUCAUCAGUGACACGGGUAUAGAGAAUUGAACUGCAUUCACCUGGGUGGCAGGAAAAGCUGUUUUCUGAAAGUCAGUGUUAAUACAGCACAAAUUAAUGCUUUGGACGUCUCCAAAAUAAUUAACAUUUGGUCUAUGACACAGUUAACUGUUUAUCUCAUGAUUUCAUUGUUUUUAAAGUAAAUUAAAAAACACGAAUGAAACGUUUGCUGAACCGCAAAAGCUACUGAUUUACAAGGGAACCUAGAUACUAUUCCCCAAAAAGAAAUUCAUUAGUUUGGAACAGGAGGAUUCCUUUGCAUCAAACACCAAGAUGAAAGAAUCACCGAUAGAUGGUAAAUGUGACAAAGUGGGGACACCACAACUGGGACAGCUAGAUGAAAUUAAGACGGAACCUGAAAAUGCUCAGGAGUAUUGUCAAGCCCAGCAACCUAAAACUCAGGAGAAUGAACUGAAAAUAAACACUACAUUUUCAGACAGUGCUCCACAGUUGACUACAGGCAUUCAGCUUUCCCUGACAUCAUCUGGCAUGAAUAAAAUGCUUCCUUCAGUUUCAACCACAGCUAUUCAGGUUUCCUGUUGUGGUUGUAAAAAAAUUCUUCAGAAGGGGCAAACUGCUUAUCAGAGGAAAGGGUCUACUCAGCUUUUCUGCUCCACGCUGUGCAUCACUGAAUACAUUUCAUCUGCCAAUUCACCAGCUCUUCCCAGGAGAACUUGUUCAAACUGCUCAAAAGACAUCUUAAAUUUAAAGGAUGUGAUCAGUGUUCAGCUAGAAGAUAAUACCUCUAGCAAGAAUUUUUGCAGCCAAUCUUGUCUUUCAUCAUAUGAAGAAAAAAGAAAAGCAUUUGUUACAAUAUGCACUAAUAGCAUUUUAACCAAGUGCAGCAUGUGUCAGAAGACUAUUGUUAAACCAACCAAAACACUUACAUCUGUUCCUUGCAAAUCAUUGAAGCCCUCAGAUGAAAUGAUUGAGACCACCAGUGACUUGGGGAAGACAGACCUUUUUUGUUCUAUUAAUUGUUUCUCUGCUUACAAUAAAACUAAGAUGGAAUCAUCUACAGUAAAUGUUUCCAUGGUACAUGAUGCCUCAACGGAUACCUUUUCUCCAAAGAAAGAUACAACUCCAGUUAUAAGCAAUAUAGUGUCAUUGGCGGAUGCCCGUGUUUCCCUGCCCAUCAUGAACUCGGACGUCUUACAAGAUACAGUAUCUUCAGUAACAGCAAAUGUCAUUGUAGAUAGUUUACCCAGUGAAUCAAGUAGUGGUGUUGCUACUAGUAGUGUUGAACAGCCAAGCCUUUCACCAUCUUCAUCAAUACCCAGUCAGCCUACGGUUGACUCCAGUGUAGAAGUACAAAAAGAUCAAGUGUCGGACCAAGAUGCUUCGUACAAUAUGAAAUCUAUGAAAAUAAGUGAAGGACUAUGUCACCCAAAAUUUACAUCCAGAGUACAAAAAAUUAAAGAUAAGUCACGAAACAUUAAAAAAUCUUGGUGUUCAAAUUUCCAACAUUUGAAAAAUAAUAUUAAAAAGGAUGUGACAUUCUGUUACUCAUGCCAGUUGUUCUGCCAAAAAAAUUUUAAUUGUGGAGGAGAAUCUUUUACAGCCCAAGGAAUUUCUAAUUGGAAAAAGACUCUAGAAAAAUUCAGAAAGCAUGAAAAAAGUGAGAUGCAUUUGAAGUCAUUGCAGUAUUGGAGGGAAUACCAAUUUUUUGAUGAAGCUGUCAAUGAUAAUUUAUCUAUUCAUUCAAAACAGAUUGAAGGAAAUAAAAAGUACCUAAAGCUUAUAAUUGAAAAUAUUUUAUUUCUUGGGAAGCAGUGUUUACCAUUAAGAGGAAAUGACCAAUCAAUUUCAUCUGUGAAUAAAGGCAAUUUUUUAGAACUGUUAGAAAUCAGAGCAAAAGAUAAAGGAGAAGAAAUAUUUCGACUUACGAAUUUACAAGUUGACUUCUAUAAUAGUACACAAAUUCAAAAUGAUAUUAUUGAAAUAAUAAAGACUGAAAUGCUUCAAGAUAUUGUGAAUGAAAUCAAUGCCUCCUCAGCUUUUUCAAUAAUAUGUGAUGAGACAACUGAUAGUGCCACUAAAAAACAGCUUUCGAUUUGUGUAAGAUACCCACAAAAAAUGUCAAAGGCUGUCUUAAUUAAAGAAAGAUUCUUGGGUUUCAUAGAUAUUGAAGAGAUGACUGGGACUGACUUACAUGGGACUAUCAAAACUUACCUGCAGCAAAUUGGAGUUGAUUUGAAUAAGAUAUGUGGCCAGGCCUAUGAUAGUACCACUAAUUUGAGAGGACAGUUUAAUAAAAUUGCAGCAGAAUUCAAGAAAGAAGAGCCAAGAGCUUUGUACGUACAUUGUUAUGCGCAUUUUUUGGAUUUAACAGUGAUUACGUUUUGUAAAGAAGUGAAAGAACUCCGAAGUGCUCUAAAUACUCUCAACUCUUUGUUCAACACUAUUCAUAUGUCUGGGGAAAUGUCUGCAAAGUUUCAAAACAUUUUUAAGCUAAGUCAAAACAAAACAUGCAAGAAACAUACAUCACAAUCAUGUUGGACAGUCCAUGAUCAUAUAUUACUGUCUGUGAUUGAGGGCCUUCCAGAGAUUAUUGAAACAUUGGAAGUUGUAUCAAGCCAUUCUUCAAACACAAGUUUAGCUGAUGAAUUGAGUGAUUUGUUAAUACUGGUUUCCAAAUUUGAAUUUGUCUUUUGUUUGAAAUUUCUUUAUCGAGUGUUAAGUGUUACAGGAAUUCUUUCCAAAGAGCUUCAAAGUGAAACCAUAGAUAUUUUUUCAUUGUCUUCAAAAAUAGAAGCAAUUUUGGAAUGUUUAUCAUCUGAAAGAAAUGAUGCCUAUUUCAAAACUAUCUGGGAUGGAGCAGAGGAAAUAUGUCAAAAAAUAACCAGUAAAGGUUUUGAAGUUGAAAGACCUUCUUUUCAGAAAAGAAGAAAAAUUCAGAAAACAGUAGAUCUUGGCAAUUCAGAUAGUAUGUUUUUUCCUACUUCAACAGAAGAACAAUAUAAAAUUAAUAUUUAUUACCAAGGAUUGGAUACUAUAUUAAAUAAUUUAAAGCUAUGUUUUUCAGAGUUUGAUUAUUGCAAAAUGAAGCAAAUUUCAGAACUGUUAUUUAAAUGGAAUGAACCAUUAAAUGAAACAACAGCCAAACAUGUCCAAGAAUUUUAUAAACUUGAUGCAGACAUCAUCCCAGAACUUAGAUUUUAUCGGCAAUAUGCAAAACUUAAUUUUGUCAUAGAUUAUGAUCGUAUCAACUUCAUCAAUCUUGGCUGUUUGUUUAUCCAGCAUGGUCUUCACAAUAAUAUUCCUUGCAUAUCAAAGUUAUUAUAUACUGCUUUGUCUUGGCCAGUUACUUCAAAUGCUGAAAAUUCAUUUUCUACACUGCCCCGUCUUAAAACAUAUUUAUGUCAUACCAUGGGACAAGAGAAGCUUAGCGGUCUAGCCCUAAUAGCUAUUGAGCAGGAAUUGGUAAAUAAACUGAUGGAACCUGAAAGACUCAAUGGCAUUGUGGAAAAGUUUAUCCAUCAGAUGAAAGAAACGUAACACUUGGCUAGUUUGAAUUUACCUAAAAGAAUUUUGUUAUUUCUGCUGUAAUGUUUGUUUUAUUUCAAAAUUUUAUCUCCUAAGAAAAAGAUUUUUUUUUCAUCAGAACGUGUAACAUUCACUUGAUUCAAAAUUCAGGAAACAGACUGAAAAGAGAAAAGUCUCCUUCCCCUUUUCAGUACCCAUUCCCCCUCCGUGUAGUGUUUGUUCCUCAAAUAUCCUCCUGGAGAUAUUUUUCACGAAUAGUACUCCGUAGUCCACACUGUUCUUCAACUUGUCCACUAAAAACAUAUUUUUGAGAUUGUCCUAUACCCGUGCAUAAAGAGUUUCUUGAUUUUUUUACAACUGCAUAAAAUUUCACUGUAUGAACGUACCAUAAUAUAUUUGAGCAGUCCCUAACAAUAAACACUUUAAUUCUUUCCAGUA